AUGUCAUCAGAGAACUUUCCGAAGAAACAUCAAAAAAUCCUUCCAAGAAACAUCGAAGAUCUCAUCAGAGAAUAUCAAAGAACCACCGUGAAGCAUCUCUUUAAAAGCUUAAGAGACAUCGAAGGAUCUCCAAGAACGCCAUUAAAGAACUCUCAAAAAGCGCCAAAGAGCCCAUCGAGAAAACAUUAUAAAAUAAUUUCACAAAAUAUCAAAGGAAACACCAAGAAGCAAAUACCGAAGAUAACUUUAAGAAACCGCCGUGAAAGAACUCUACAAGAAACGCCGAAAAAACCCUCUUCAAGAAACAUCGGUGAUAGUGAUCCAAUUCGUUAA